GGUUAGGGUUAGGGUUUGCAUGAGGUAUCCGAUAACAUGUACAUAGAAUCACAUUGCGUUGAGUAUUAUAUAAAUACACUAUGGACAGAUAAUAUGUUACCGUCUCUCGAUGCAGACACCAGGAUCAAUUCAACACACAGACUCAGGCGAGCGACUGAGAGUUGAGUGAAUUAAUAUGGAGAGCAAGUGAAGAGAUGAGUGAUGUGUUUAAUAAAUCCACAUAAUUUAUAGACCUCAAUCUAAAGCCGUAUCACAGUAAACCAGUAGCGCUGUCCCUCGAGUGAGACGAGAACGAAAUUCAGGGUUUCGGAACCUCUCUCUCACCGGCUGCGAUGGCUGUCUGUCAACUAUCUUUUUUUUUUCCAGCUCUUUUUUCAAAAUGGCCAAAAUUUCUGGUGAUGAUUUCACUUUCCAAUUUGAAAACUUGCAAUAUGCCGAAGGCAGAAACGAGACGUGGCUGUGCCAGAUUGUGAGUGUGAACGGAGGGGAGCCAGAUUUACAGGUGUUCAAAAACGGAUACUCCGGACACGCAGAGGAAACCUGCCUGCGGAAUUCUGCGACUCAAGGUGCUGAUCAAUAUGAGAUCACCUGGUUCUUGAGCUGGAGCCCCUGUGAAAGAUGCACACCUCAAAUAAUCACAUUCGUGGAGCAGCAGCGCAAUGUAAAACUGAAUAUCUUCGUUUCUCGGCUCUUCCGCUAUGAUUCAGAACCUCAUAGGCAGGGAUUAAGAGCACUUUCACAACAAGAAAGAAUUGGCUUAAAAGUGAUGACCCUAAAGGAAUUCCAGGAAUGUUUUGAUCGAUUUGUUGGAGAAGGAAAUGGAUUUCAGGACUGGAAAGACCUGGCUGGGAACUCUGCAAUACAUACUGAGAAGCUGAACGAGAUAACUGGAGCUGAUCCCCGGCUGGUUUUUUGAAACGCCUCCCCUGCGCGCUGCGGCUGCCUGCAUGAAACACCCCGGCCGACUUCCACCGAGAAAGAGCAUCGAAACCAACAGCGCGGCACAACGGCAUGACCCGGACAAGCGGCCAGUCCGCUCUCUGCGCCUCACCUCUUAUUAUAGAGCCCGCACUGCAGCUUCAAUACCGUGCGCUUCAAAGACAGGCUGAGACGCGCCUCUCUCUUAACGUCUCUUAUUCAAUUCAGUGUGAUUCAUAUCUGUCAAUGCAUGGGUGUUCUUCUAUUAGGAGUAUUUUAACAUGUUAUGCGCUUUUAAUCGAUUAUUUCACGCAUCUAAAUCUUUUUUAAAAUCAUUG